AUGAAGCUCCUCGUGCUCCUCAUGCGAAUCACCACCGCGCUGCACCGGAAGGUGUCCGUCGCCGUCGCGCCAAAGACCUUCGAGGCGCAGGCAAAGGGCCAGGAGAAGCCCUGCCUCAUGGACAGUGUCCGCGCUCGGCGCCAGGAGAAGGCCAACAGAGAGCGGUCGAUUCGUUCGCCUGGAAGAGCAUUCGAUAGGCAAGAUACUCCAGGGAUAAGAUAUGGCAUCAUUGGCACCGCACAGUUUGAGACAUGGUACGUCCAUAGGAAAGCGGAAGUGGCCAGGAAUCGUUCCAGCGGCAGGCUACAUCGAAACAUUGGCGAAUUCUAG